AAAUUUUGAAUUUUAUUGAAUUACUAUUUUGUGUGUGUUUGAGUUUUUAGUUGAAUUUGGUUGUUGAUUUUUGUGUAUGGUUUUGACUUAGUCCUGUAGGAAUCUCAACUGUCCUGUUUGGCUAGGAUUUACUGGGUUCUGAUGUUGAUGGGAAUGUUGGGAUCAGGAAUUUUCUUAUUUUCACUAGCUUUGUUAGAUUUGAUUUGUCAAAGAUGGGGUCUUGUUUGGUCAUCAAGGGGGUGCUAAAUUUAUGAUAUGAAGGCUUUUGAGCCAUGUAUUUAUUUUGUGUGGUUCUUACGCGAUUAGAAGAUAAUGAUUUGAAGGUGGGAGUUUAGUAUUCCAUCAUUUUCAUUUUUGCAAUAUGCUCAGCAUAUCAUUAAAUAUGAUUAUAUUGAAGAUGGAAUUUAACUAGUUGUGAGGGAUUUGAAGUGGCCAUUUACAUUUUAGGAUGUUUCAAUUGCAGGACAACACAGCUUAACCCUUUUUCUUUCUCUUACUCUUGGAUAGGUUUGUCUUUUCUCCUAAACACUAAACAGAAACCUCAGGAAACACUAGUAAAUUACUAUUAAAAGGAAGGAAAUGAGAGCAUCAAGUUGGUAAAAUAACGCGCAGUUCGUUCCAGUAAUUGAUACAUAACAUCAGGUUAAACUCAAUGACAGGAUUUUGUUCUGCAGAGAAGUGCUUAUGGAUUUUUGGUCUGCAGUGUGACCAGAGCUUAUGGUUUAGCUCUUAUAUUAAGAAACCAUUCUGCUUUUAUAAUCGAUACGAUUACUCUGGCUAUGGACAGUCAUCAGGGAAGCCAAGUGAGCAUAAUACUUACGCUGACAUUGAAGCUGUAUAUAAGUAUCUUGAAGAGAACUAUGGUGCCAAACAGGAAGACAUAAUCCUUUACGGUCAAUCUGUUGGAAGUGGUCCUACUUUAGAUCUUGCUGCCCGGUUACCCCGACUUAGGGCUGUUGUUCUCCAUAGUCCUAUACUAUCAGGGUUGAGAGUCAUGUACCCUGUAAAAAGGUCUUACUGGUUUGACAUUUAUAAGAACAUUGAUAAAAUUCCAUUGGUGAAGUGUCCAGUGCUAGUAAUUCAUGGUACUGCUGAUGAGGUUGUUGAUUGCUCUCAUGGUAAGCAGUUAUGGGAGCUAUGUCAACAGAAAUAUGAACCUUUAUGGAUCAAAGGAGGAAACCACUGUAAUUUGGAGCUCUAUCCAGAAUACCUUCGACAUCUCAGAAAAUUCAUAUCAACAGUAGAAAAGUCACCAUCCCAAAGAGUGAGUUUUAGGAGAAGCGUAGAUAGAGUUGAACAAUCCAGAGGAAGCACUGAUUGCUUUGAAACACCUAGGAAGAGUACUGAAAAGAGGGACAAACCAAGGAAAAGCACCGAGAGGAUAGAGAAACUGAAAUUUCAUGAAUACAAAUUCAACAAUGCCGAAAAAUUAGAGAAGUUAAGAGUCCAAUUUGACCAAACGGAGAGGUCGCGAAGAAGCGUGGAGUAUAGUGAUAAAUCCAGAAGCAUUGAGUUCCAAGAUAAAUCUAGGAGAAGUGUUGAUGUUCAGUUUGAGAGGCCUCGGAAGAGCAUUGAUUGGCUGGACAGAAUUCGAGCUAGCUGAACCUCUUGAAGGAUGUGCAGUAUUGGAACUGGGUUUGAUACAUGGGAAGGAAAGAUACAAAGAUACGAGUUACUUACAAUGCGUUUAACUUAUGGUUAAUGGUUUGCAGAAUGCAUAUAUUGCUCUUGCAGUUUCGUACUUUCAUUACAAUGUUAGUUUGAAAUUGGAUAUGUUCCGUUCAGACUAAUAUUCUUGGUUUUUAUUUAUUAUUUCCAAUUGAUGUGACCCUAACCUUGUUUUAGUCUCAAGAAAGUAAAUGAACCUCAUGUCAAAGAUGGCCAUUACUAUGAUUGAUUAAAAUUCAUAGAAUCGGAUAUCUUUAUUUUUUUUUCCUUGCA